AUGUCCGAUCGAUUACCUGAUUCACAAACGAAGUUGGACGAAAACGACGAAAUUGGUAAAACUGCUGCUGCCUUCAUGAAGACCUGCUUAGACGACUAUACAGUCUAUGAAAUGGAUGACAAGCAAAACAUUACAUGUCCACCAGAUCUGUUAGGAUUUGACGUUAGUCUACUUCGAAAUCUUACCGCACAAGAUGCAUAUUUACGCGAACAAUUGAACAGUUGUGUAAAGUCGGCUCUUGCAUCUCAAGACCCAUGUACGCUCACAGACGAUGAAAGAGAGGAACUACUUCGGCAAAAAAGAAAGGAAGAUGCUUACAAAACCGCUUUAUGUGAGUCAUAUAGACGAACGCAAACAUGCAGUUACGGUAAGGAAUGUCGAUUUGCUCAUGGCGUAGACGAAUUGCGUCUACCUGCCCAGCCUCGUGGUCGUAGUCACCCUAAAUACAAAACAGUGCUGUGCGAUAAGUUCUCGAAUACUGGUUAUUGUAAAUAUGGAGCAAGAUGCCAAUUCAUCCACAAGAUUACUAACCCUGCUAUUCUAGCCCAACAAAUGCUUGCACGGGAGAAUGCGCUUAGGACUCAAACUCAUCAUUACAUUGAUCAGUGUUCCAAUUUUCAUAAUUCGUUCAGUUCUGGAAGUGGAAGGCGACUGACUGAUAUGAAUAUUAGCAUGCCAAUCGAGAUGAUCAAUCGUCGUAGCGACGUGGAUCGUGCGUUGGCACGUGCAGGUGACAGUCAAUGUGUGGCACGAAUUGCGAAAUCGAUCGAGAGUCGUCACUCAUCCCUUAGCAGUAUGCACUGGUUUAACGCUAGCAUUCGUCGUUUCUAA